CGCGAAUAUGAAUAGAAUGCAAAUUCUACGGAAAACUUGGCUUUUAAUAUCAAAAACAUUAAACCAUGUGUGGACUAAGAGCGAUGGAUCUGUUAGAAAGAAGAAGAGCCUCUGUGGUUGACCUUGAGUGGCUGGCAUGAAAAAUUUUUGAUUACAAGCAUUUUUCGCAAUUUUUGGCGGACUUCACCGAGUAGGUUAUUCGCAAUGGAUAUGGAAGUUGACGAAAACUAUUUGUAUUAUUCACAUGAAAAACUGUUACGUUUUAUUGAUAUUCAUGGAGAUCAGGAGGGAAUUACUGAAUAUUUAAGGACCGUAAAAUAUGCUUCUGUUAAGGACUUUAAGCCAGGAUUGGAGUGGUUUAAUGUUUCUGAACCUUUGUCGUUUAGUAAACAUUUAAAGGGAAAAAUAGUGAUACUAGAUUUUUUUACAUAUUGUUGCAUUAACUGUAUGCACAUUAUCCCUGAUUUAAAGGAAAUUGAAAAUGAGUUUUCUGUGGAGGAUGGGUUAGUUGUUAUUGGUGUGCAUAGUGCUAAAUUUGAGAAUGAAAAAAAUUCUGAAAAUAUUUUAGCUGCUGUACAGAGAUAUAAUAUUACUCAUCCAGUUGUAAAUGAUUCUGAUUCAGAUAUGUGGCAAAAUUGUGAUGUACAUUGCUGGCCAACCUUGUUGAUUUUGGGACCUAACGGAAACCCAAUUGUGAUGUUGACGGGGGAAGGACACAAGGAAGAUCUGCAGUCUUAUGUAAAAGGGGCUUUAGAAUACUAUAACAAAGAGAAAUUAAUAUCAAAUCACAAGCUGCCUUUCAAAUCAGCAUAUCAUUUACUACCUGAUCUGAAAGGUCCAUUACUUUUCCCAGGAAAAAUCACUAAUUAUAUAGAUGAAAAUGGGCAUGAAACUUUAGCAAUAUCAGAUACGGGUAAUAAUAGAAUUUUAAUAGUAGAUAGUGAUGGAAACAUAACAAAAGUGAUUGGUGGUAUGAGACUAGGAUUUAAAGAUGGUAAUCUAGAAGAUGCGGAAUUUAAUAAUCCACAAGGUUUAACGUUUCAGAGUAAAGAUGUCUUAUAUGUGGCUGAUACUGAAAAUCACUCUAUUAGGAGAAUUGAUUUAGCUACAGGCACAGUAGAUACUGUUGCAGGAACUGGUAGACAGGGUCAUGACAAAACAGGUGGAAAACCAGGAAAACAGCAAGCAAUUUCUUCACCAUGGGACCUUGUACUUUACCGUACACCAGAUAUGGACCUUACUUUUCACCCAGAUGGCAAACCCCCGGUACGAGAUGUACUCAUUAUCGCAAUGGCAGGCACACACCAAAUAUGGGCCUUAUUUUUAGAUGAUACUGUCUGGUGGAAAUGCAAGAAAUACCUCGCAGGCACUUGCAUAAAUAUAGCAGGAUCAGGCAGAGAAGAAAAUCGCAACAAUAACUAUCCACACGCCGCUGCUUUUGCUCAACCCUCUGGGUUAGCAUUAUGUGAAAAAAAAAGGGAACUUUACAUUGCUGAUAGUGAAAGCUCUAGUAUACGACGGUUGUCUCUAGUUGAUGGUAAAGUGACACCUGUGGUUGGAGGUGACAGAAACCCAAAUAAUCUGUUUGCCUUUGGCGAUAAAGACGGAAUCUUGCAUGAAGCAAAACUGCAGCAUGCUCUUGGAGUGGCUGUCACCCCUGAUGAAAGAAAUCUUUUUAUUGCUGACACCUAUAACCACAAACUUAAGAAAGUAGAUUUGUCGGAGAAUAAAAUUGUUACUUUGAAGUCUGCAGCUUCGGAUAUGACUGACAGUGCUACAUCACAGUUUAGAGAGCCAGCUGGUCUGUGUGUGAGCAGUAAUGGUAAAAAACUUUAUGUGGCGGACACGAAUGCUCAUCAAAUUAAACUAGUCACCAUUGGAAAAAAUUCAAUCAAUAAUGUUGAAAUGUUUUCUCUAAAACUAAAAGAAAAGUUUGUCAACACUGUAUCUAGCAUUUCAACAGCUUCUGUUCUGACAGCAAGAGAAUUGAAAAUUAACACCAGUGGAGGAAAGUUAGUACUGAAAUGUAAUCUCAAAUUUGAGAAUGGACUUGGUUUGAACUCGGAAGGAGUUCAAAGGUGGGUUAUCAAUUUGCCUGAGCCCACGUGGUCUUGCGUCCCUAAAAAUGGCCAAGAUGUUAAAAUGAUGGACACAGUGAUAAGUGUGCCACCCCACAAGAAUAACAAUAAUAUUGACGUGUCCUUUAAUUUGGUCACUUGUACUACCAAUGCAUGUUUGCCAAAGAAUUUUAUAGUCAGAAUACCUGUCUUUUUUGAAAAUUCAGCUAGCAUUAAUGUUGAACGUGUAGUGGAUGUCGUUUUGGACACAAAUAAUAUACGAAUUGGAUGAACGAACUAUCAAAGUGUUUAGAAAUUGAUUGACCAAUUUGGUGCUUACAUAAAAUUUUUACAAAGCCUGGUUUGGCAUGGGAUGUUGUGGUUUUAUAAUGCAACGGUUGAAAUAUGUAAUUUUUCAUGAAUUUAUAAAUAACAUAUGACAAAAUAAAUAAAAUCGCAUUUUCUUUUCUCUUCGGA